GCAGUGAAGUGUGCCAUCACUACAGGAGCACGGAGGCUGCCGCAACAAGACGAUGGCGAAGGUCAACAAGGUGUUCAGGAUUAAUAACAUUACCAUAAGGCAGAUGCUGGCGGAAGCACUAUCAACAUUCAUCCUCAUGGAUUUUGGCUUGUCCUGUGUGGCACAAGUGGUACUGGGAAAAGGAAGCGUUGGUCAGUAUCUGAGCAUCAACAUAGCAUUUGGCAUUGGUGUUACCUUGGGUAUCUAUGCGGCUGGAAAAAUAUCUGGAGCUCACAUGAAUGCUGCCAUCACAAUCACACAGUGUGUUAUAGGAAACAUCUCUCCGAAAACGGCUGUAGCUUAUGUGUUCGGCCAGUUCCUGGGCUCCUUUUUGGCAGCAGCCACCGUCUUUGUUCUCUACUACGAUGCUCUUUAUGACUACACCAAUGGGAGCUUUACAGUGACAGGACCAACUGCCACAGCAAUGAUCUUCGCUACGUACCCUGCUUCCAAUGUGUCCUUGCAGGGAGCCUUUUUCUCAGAGUUUACAGCAACAGUUAUGCUGAUGCUGGGUAUUCUAGUAAUCCAUGAUGACAAAAACAACGCAGCUGUCAAAGGCGCUCAGCCCAUGCUCACGGGUAUCCUGGUCGUGGGCAUUGGUCUGGGAAUGGGGCUGAACACAGGCUAUGCCAUAAACCCCUCCAGGGACCUGCCCCCACGGAUCUUCACGGCAAUUGCUGGCUGGGGAAUGGAAGUCUUCUCGGCUGAUCAUUGCUGGUGGUGGGUCCCAGUCACAGCUCCAACUCUUGGAAGUCUUUUUGGUGUUCUACUCUACAAACUCUGCAUUGAAUUUCACAUCCCGCCUGAAGCUGAACCUGAGAAAGAUGAGGCAGGCACGGAGACUUCCCAACUGUGAUGGCCAUGUGCUGUAAUGACAUAUGUGAAGGGCACAUCUGUCUGUCCACCACGCUGGUGGGAUGAGGGACUAGAUUUCAGUAAACCUACUCUGCUUAAACAGACAAACUUGGUAUCUGACAUACUGAGAAGACCUAUGUAGUGGUAGACCUGGCUGUGACCUGAAGGAAUUAUUCAAUUUCCCUGUGUAAAAAUCUACAAAAAAAAAACCCUAAUCAAAAACAAAAAAAAAAAAAACCAAAAAAAACCCAAAACAAAAAUCAUCAUAUUCUGAAGAAAAGCAAAGCAGAG